UUUCGUAAUCUUAUAUUACCUGUGGACAAUCUUUGACAAUGUUAUAUUUUGAUCAGUAUAUGAAGAGAGUCGGUUUUAAUUAGCGAAUUGCUGGAAAUACCUUGAUAUAUUCUUGGGUGCAUAUCGCCCAUUAUGGAUAAGCAGCCAAGUUUUAACUUCGGGGUUGGAAAAGGUUUUGACUCUGCGGGGAGAGGGGGCUUUAACUCUGGGGAAAAGAAUUUUUUUAACUUCGGUGGAGGAGGAAGUUUUGACUCCGCGGGAAGAUCAGGCUUUACUGUCGGGCAAAGUGGAGGUUUUGACUCAGCAGGAAGAUCAGACUUUACUUUCGGGCAAAGUGGAAGUAUUAACUCUGGGGAAAAGAGUGGUUUCAAUUUCGGGGGAAAAGGAAUAUCUGACACUGGGGAAAAAGUAGCGUUUAGCUUUGGUAAUAGAGAAGGUUCUUACUCGGGGGAGAAUGAAAGUUUUGGCUUACAUGUAGGCAGAAAAGAAGAUUCUGGCUCCGGGGAAAAAGGAAAAUGGGGCUUUAGCUUUGGGGAAAAAGGAAGUUCUAGCUCAAAGGGGAAAAGCGUUUUUGGAUUCGGUGCCAGAGGAAGUUCAUACUCGGUGGAAUCAAGAAGUUUUAGCUUCGGGGUGAAAGGGGGAUCUGACACUGGAGAAAGACGAGUUUUUGAUUUUGGUGCAAGAGUGGAGGAGGAAGAGAGUGACGCAGAUGAUGAUUCUGAAAGUGACCUUGAUAACAUAAGUGAUGACGAACCCGAAGCAGAUGCAGAAGACGUCUUUGAUCAUAUGUAUAACACUGUCUUAAACCAUGAAUACAACUGGUCCUACGCCGGCACCACGCUGUUAGUUUACUGGGUCAGUGGCCAGGAUCCAAAGGUCAUAACGAGCGUCAAAAGACAUUCAGAGCAAACCUUGAUUAAACAACUCUCCGGGAUGUACAAGAAGGAAUUAAUGAGAGUAAGAAUUUACCUCAACAAUUCACCCUGUGAAUACUGCGCAUGCAAGCUGAUCGAUUUCCUAACGAGAAAAAGACAACUGCAGUUAACGAUCUACAUUGCUAGUCUUUAUAAGAUAAAACGCCGCUCGUGCAUAACGAAGGGGGAGCCACAUGUCCAUGGAUUGAAAACGAGGCAAAGCGAGAAAAACACCAAAGGUUUGAAGAAACUCAUGGAUCACAGGAGAUGUAAAGUAAAGGCUUUUACCGAGAAGACGUGGAAAGAUUUGUUGGAUGCUCUUGACAUCAAAUGCAAGAAGUUUGAAGAGGUUUACCAAACAAGAGAGAAUGAUGAUGAUAGAAGUAGAAAAGAAGAAGAUCUUCAUAUCAAAGACGACCUGAAGCACAUCGACGAAGAAGAGGACUAGAAAAUGUAUCCAAGUGAAAUACAAUAACAAGGAAUAUUAUCAUAAUAAUGAAUUCAUGCUCCCACCGAACCUGUUAGCAUUUGUAAAUUUUAUACAAUGUUCAGACUGAUUCUUUUUCGAAGAAAAAUAAUUGAAUGAUAUAUUUAUAUAUUUUUUUUCUUUUUAACUUGCUUCGAAAAACGUCACCAUAUACAGAGGAAAAGAAACAAAAUUAGGACCUACUGUAGUGCAAAUGCCUACAGCGAGACACAAGCGUUUGAUUUUAAGGCUCGAACAAGCUUAAGGACAGAAAAA